AAUAUGCUAAUCUUUCUAUGGCGUUUGUAUAACAGAUAAUUUGGGGUGGUAUGAUCCUUUUUCAUCAAGUUACUUAAUAUCACAGUAACUGUUGUGUUAACAGACACUGGGGUUUGGUUGGAAUUGCCAAAAGUCAAUAAAUUAAUAUUGGAAAUAUAUGAAUCAUUAUUCCUUUUUGGGAAUUAUGCUUACUUUUGAAUCUUUUCUCUUCCCUUGAUCUUCUAACAAAAGAAUAAUUAGCAGUAAUGGCAGAACUCCAUCUAAUAUAGCUAAAAUUCAUCUUUGGCUGCUGCUCAUAAGAGCUUUCCAAUUUUAAAUUUUAGUUCCAUGCUCUAAGAAGUGCUUUUAGCACUUCAAAACCCAAGUACCAAAAUUUUUAAUUAAUGUAUAUAUGCUACUGAAGUGGGGGAAGAGGAAGAGCAGUCCCUACUCUUUAAGAGUUUUGAUUAUUUGGUUUAAAACCUCCCCACAUUCUAAUUAUCCUCUUCAUUACUGAAUUAACACCCAACAACUGGGGCCUUAUUAUGAUAAUCACCUGAUAUUCCUUUUCAUCAGUAUUAUUUAUGUAUAAUAUGAGUUAGUAUCUAUGUACAAACGUUUGGUUUUGCAUGUAAUUUACUUUCCAUAUGCUUUUGAGCUAUCAUAUAUAGGAAAUGUUUAUUUUUGAGUCAUGUUUUCACGUAACUGCCAAUGCUACAUGUAUUGCUUAGCCACUAGACAAUUAUGUGCCAAGUUUAAAAUUUCGAAACUACCAAGUUUGCAAGAAAAGUGUGGGACUGUCAUUCUCAUAUCUUGUUGGUAAAUGGCAAUGGUUUUGCUGCAAGUGUAACUCUACAACUUGUGGAAUUUUCGCAAACAAAUUCAGAUUGGAUCUCCUCCACUUGCUGAGCAACAAGGAUCAAAAUACUAUAAACAAAGCACAUAAUAAUAAAAAAAAGAAGACUAAUAACAGUAAACAGUUUUUCUAUGAUUCCCUUACCUCCUUGUGUUUGGAAAAUUAUACAAGAGACAGAGACAGUGCAUGACUGAGUUUUCUUUCAUUCGUUAUUGGUCUUUUAACUAAUGGACAAAAAUAGGAGUACCUGUUUUCUCUUUGCUCUUUUUGAUUUGCUAGUCCUUUCAACAGCUGGUUUUGCGAGUGGUGUUGAGUAUGUAUCGGCCUUAGGCGACCCAGGGAUGAGAAGGGAUGGCCUGAGAUUGGCAAUAGAGUCAUGGAAUCAGUGCAAUGAAGUUGGAGAAGAAGUUCCACAAAUGGGUAGCCCAAGAGCUGCUGAUUGUUUUGAUAUUUAUAAGGCAGAAGAACCACAGACCAAAGAGAAGAACUGCUCUAUGUGCAACUUUUCUCCCUACACUGUGGUCCAUAAAGUCACAGAAGAUGACAAUAAGCUUGGCAUUGGUGAUACCUUUCAUGGAAUGCAAGUCCAAGCCCUUUACAAUGCAGAUCUUUAUGCUGCAGAGAAAGAACUUUAUUUGGGAUCUAAAUGUGAGGUUGAAGACAUCCCUAAUCCAUGGCAAUUCUGGAUGAUCAUGCUUAAGAAUGGAAAUAUGGAUACAUUGGCAGCCAAGUGUCCUCGGAACGGCCAGAGAGCCGCACCUUUUUUACCGGAUGGUAGCUUCCCUUGCUUCGGCAUUGGCUGCAUGAAUCAACCAUUGAUUUAUCAUGAAUAUACCACACUGCAAGGCCCCAAUAGGACAAUGCUCAAGGGAAGAUUUUUUGGAUCAUGGGACUUGGAUGCUGACUUGAGUUCAGGAUUAGUGCAAAACAGAUCUUACUACUCUGUGACAUGGGAGAAGGAAAUUAGCAAGGGAAGCUGGAUUUUCCAUCACACUUUGAGGACCUCAAAAAAGUAUCCAUGGUUAAUGCUUUACCUAAGAUCAGAUGCUACAACUGGUUUUUCUGGAGGAUACCAUUACCCUUCUAGGGGAAUGUUCAAAAUUAUUCCAGAAUCACCUAACUUCAAAGUGAGAUUCACUCUGAAUGUGGUUCAAGGCGGUGGAAAUAGCAGCCAGUUCUACCUGAUUGACAUUGGAAGCUGUUGGAAGAACAAUGGCAAGGCAUGUGAUGGUGAUGUGAAGUCAGAUGUGACCAGAUACAAUGAGAUGAUUAUUAACCCAAGCACAACCCCAUGGUGCAAUGCAAACAGCCUCAGCCUAUGUCCACCUUAUCAUACAUUCCCCAACGGCACGCGAGUGCUUCGAAAUGACACUGCUCGCUUCCCUUACGCGGCGUACCACUUAUACUGCUCUCCAGGGAAUGGAGAGCAUCUUGAGGCUCCAUACAUGUUGUGUGAUCCAUACAGCAAUCCUCAGCCUCAGGAGAUUUUGCAGAUUCUGCCACAUCCAGUGUGGGGUGAAUAUGGUUAUCCUACCAUCAAAGGACAAGGUUGGAUUGGAAGUCCAAAGACAUGGGACCUUGAUGUUGGAAGAUUGUCACAAUCACUUUACUUUUAUCAGGAUCCUGGAACUUCACCAGCUAGAAGGCAAUGGACAUCUGUUGAUUUAGGAACAGAAAUUUUCAAAGAUCCUCAACAGAUUGCUGAAUGGACUGUGAGCGACUUUGACAUUCUCAUACCUAAGCAAUGAAGCCAAUUCAUCAGAGAUUAAUGAGUUUCUCUGUGGACAAUAAUACUACAUACAUAUUCAUUCAGUAUUAUACAUAAUUUAUUGCUUGUAAUCUUUUCAUCCUCACUCUCCAAAAAUGUUGGAGCAAAUAAAAAAGAAUUUAAAUUUAUUACUUAAAGAGCUUGGAUAGUUAGCAUUACCUUAACUCCCAACUUAUUUAAGG